AAUAUCUCCAUGCAUAACACAGUUGGAGGAGCAAUGGCAGGACCUGGAUCUCAUCAGCUGACAAAUACAAGGAUGCCAAACCACGACACCAGCGUUGUGAUUCAACAAGCCAUGCCAUCUCCACAGUCCAGUUCGGUCAUUACACAAGCACCUUCCACAAAUCGACAGAUUGGGCCUGUCCCAGGUUCUCUGUCUUCACUACUGCACCUACACAACCGACAAAGACAGCCUAUGCCUGCCUCUAUGCCUGGCACCCUGCCCAACCCUACCAUGCCUGGAUCUUCUGCUGUACUCAUGCCUAUGGAGCGACAAAUGUCAAUGAACUCCAACAUCAUGGGGAUGCAGGGGCCGAACCUCAAUAAUCCUUGUGCUUCACCUCAAGUUCCCCCAAUGCAUUCAGAAGCCAAAAUG